CCUAUAUUUCAUAGCAGUUUCUGGUCUUAGAAGAAGACUAAUUUCUUCUUUACUGAAUAAUUCUUCCAGUUAUAGUUUACAUCAUGUGUGAGCUGUUUAUAGGAAGCUGGAAACUUAUUUCUAGUGAAAACUUUGAGAGCUAUAUGAAAGAACUGGGAGUGGGUUUUGCUACUAGGAAGCUUGGCAGCCUGGCCAAGCCUAGUGUGGUGAUCAGCACCAAUGAUGACAUAAUAACCAUCAAGACUGAGAGCACCUUUAAAAACACAGAGAUCUCCUUCAAGCUGGGGGAAGAGUUUGAGGAAACCACAGCAGAUGACAGGAAAACCAAGAGCAUUGUCACCUUGGACAAUGGCACUUUGAUUCAUGUGCAGAAGUGGGAUGGCCAAGAGACAACAAUAAAGAGAAAAUUGGUGGAUAGUAAGCUUGUGGUGGAAUGCACCAUGAACAAGGUCACCAGCACUCGAGUCUAUGAGAGAGCCUGAGGAAUUCCCAUCUCCAUGUUGGAUCAGAACUUGCUGUUAAGAAUCUGUUCAAUGACUGUUGCUGCACGACACUACUGUCCAAUUGUGCAAGCUUCUUCAAUCGCUUUGAGAUACAAGCAUAUUCCUAGUAAAGCUGUAACUAAUCUGCAGUCACUAACUGCAGCUAUUAAAUAAAACAAAACAUUUCUGAGCACAUAGUGAGAUUGUCUAAUCUUGGUUUAUUCUUUCUUUGCCAAAGGAAGGUUAACUUUUUUCUAAUAACUUCUGUGGUGGUGGAAUAACAUAGGCUUUGAGAGCAAUGACUACAGCCGCUUUACACAGCGUGACUACUGGCAAAACAAUAUUUCAACAGAGCUACCAACACUGUCCUAGCUAAAGCAUGUAUGCUUGCUUAGCAAUCGCUGUCCUUAGACAGCUCUUCGCAUAUGAUUGUUUGAUUAUGGAUUGAGUUUAAAACUCAAGUAGGGAAGCCCCUCCACUUUAAGUUCACAGUACUUAAGAGUUAGCUCUUCCCAGAACCCUGCUUAAUACAGUAU